AUGUCGCUUUUCAUUAAAUAUCUAAACAUUUGUCCUAAGGCGCCUCACUUUUUUCGUUCUAUCUCUAUAUUGUUUGUUUAUUUUUUUUUCAACUCUCUCCUUACUCUUCGUUUCUAUUUCUUUCGCUUUUUAGACCUCCUCUUCUUUCUUUUAUAUCCUUCUUUUUUCUCUAACUGUUCUCUUUUUAUUUCUGCUUACAAGAAAAUUUGUUUCUGUUCGAAAAUUCUUUCUCGUAUUCAUUUUAUUAAAUCCAAAAUUUUAACAGAAACCGUAUUUUUUUUUUUUUCUUUCGGCAGUUGUCCUUCCAUAUCAGACGCCGAUGACAUGGUCUCCUACUUCGGUGAGAGCACAGACGACAGCCGUCAACAAAUGGACGACCACGGAGACGAAGAACUCGUUAAACAAGCAGCUCAGCUUUCGAGGCAACGACUGCAGCAUCAGACUCAUUCCUUACCGUCCCCCAAACCCGGCCUCCAGCGUUCGUUCACUCAACCUUCACCUCCAUCAUCACCUUCAAUGCCAUCCAAGAUGAAAACCGGCGACGCCCUUACACCUCAGGGGAUCAACCGAAAACAGUCCGCUUCACGUCUUCACAAGAUACUGACGCCGAAGAUCCUACGAGAGCUUAAGCUGCAAAAUCUAAAAGAACUUCAACAAACAAAGCAAGAAACAACAUCGGAAAAGCCAGCACCGACGCCGACUCCUUCCACUGAAGUCCUACCUCCGCUUCCUCCUCCUUCUUCUUCUGCUUCCACUACAGAUACUACCACUACCACUACAUCUGCAAGCACCACUAGUGAUAGUAGUACUACUAUGAUAACUAUAGCUAGAACAGCAACACCAGAUGAUACCGAAGCAGUCGCGAGCACAUCUUCAAAUACUCCUUCCUUCACACUAGCAUCCAUAAUCCAACUUAAAAGACAACCGUCUUCUCCGACAUCAUCAAGAUCGUCCGCUGAGGUUGCGACAACUAUCUAUGUAACAGGGACAGCACCUAAGGCUCUUCCGGAAGAGAUCGGGGAUUCACAGGAGAGCAGCAAGCCAAGUCGGCAGAAGCCCUCUACGAGUUCCCGGAGCACUUCGACUCCAAAUCCGCAGACCCCAACUCCUGUUCGUAUAGCAAGCGCGGGGAACGAGGAAGGAGUGGCAGAAGAGGCAGCCGCUCAAACCCCAGACCCGGAGCAGUUCGAUAUCCCGUCGGCUGAAGGAAUGGAGAAAGUAAUCGACAACGAACGGAAAAUUCGGAUCAAGCGACUGCAGCGGGAUCUCACGCGAAUUCAGAAAGAGUUACAAGCUCGAUGA